ACAAGUAGCCAUAUGAGUAAAAGGCGCCAUCCAGCAGCUCUCAGAGGACCCUCCCCCUCAUUGACGUGGAAGGUCAUCACCGGAAGAAGGUCACAAGCACGACAUCCAAGAUGGCGACCCCCUUGUGUCAGUGUUAUCAGAUAUGUGUAAGAAGAGGUUUGGUGGCGUUCCCUUCCCAUUACCUGCUGAUUCCCAACAGACCCAAUGUCUACAGGAUACGUGGGCCACUCACAGUCUCUCCACAGGUGUCUCAGUCGCCACUUCUUCAUGUACGGUACUUGUCAGGGCAGCGGGGCGGUGGCAGGAAAGGUUUCUUGGGGGAGUUUUUGGACAACAUACAGCAAGAGCUAAACAAGAAUAAGGAAAUGAAAGAAAACAUCAAGAAGUUCAGGGAAGAGGCCAAAAAACUCGAAGAGUCAGAUGCUCUGAAACAAGCUCGGAGGAAAUAUAAAACUAUAGAGUCUGAAACGGCGAAGACGUCAGAGGUUCUGAGGAAGAAGUUUGGAAACAUUUCUGAGACGGUUAAGGAGGGGCUUGAAGAGGUCAGUCGUACAGAAAUUGGGAAGAAAAUCAAAGAGGGAAUGGAGGAAGCAGCCAAAACAGCCAAGACCUCUGCAGAGAGUGUCUCUAAGAGUGGAGAGAAGUUGGGCAAGACCGGUGCAUUCAAAGCAAUCUCUCAGGGUAUGGAGAGUGUGAAGAAAGAAAUUGGUGACUUGGGUGACAGUGGACCUUAUCGGCCUCCUGCCAGGCUCCGUAAGAGGAGUGAAUUCUCCUCCAAGGGGGCAGGGGAUGACAGCAAGGUCUUUGAAGCAAAUGAGGAAGCUAUGGGCGUGGUGCUCCACAAAGACUCAAAAUGGUACCAGCAGUGGAAAGACUUCAAAGACAACAAUGUGGUCUUUAACAGGUUCUUUGAGAUGAAGAUGAAGUACGAUGAGAGCGACAAUGCCUUCAUCAGAGCAUCCCGGGCUGUCACUGAUAAGAUGACUGACCUUAUAGGUGGGCUGUUUUCAAAGACGGAGAUGUCCGAAGUAUUAACAGAGAUUCUGAAGGCGGAUCCUUCGUUCGACAAAGAUUCCUUUCUUAAGCAGUGUGAACGAGAUAUCAUCCCCAAUAUACUGGAGGCAAUGAUUAGAGGGGAGCUGGAGGUACUGAAGGACUGGUGUUAUGAAGCGACAUACAGCCAGCUGGCACAUCCCAUACAGCAAGCCAAGGCCAUGGGACUUCAGUUCCACUCCAAGAUCCUGGACAUUGACAAUAUUGAUCUUGCCAUGGGAAAGAUGAUGGACCAGGGUCCCGUGUUGAUUAUCACCUUCCAAGCUCAGCAGGUCAUGGUGAUCCGAAACACCAAAGGAGAUGUGGUGGAAGGAGACCCCGAUAAAGUGCUCAGGAUGAUGUAUGUGUGGGCUCUAUGUCGAGACCAGGAGGAGCUCAACCCGUACGCUGCCUGGAGACUGCUUGACAUCUCCGCCUCUAGCACCGAACAGAUCCUCUGAGACUCUUUGAUACACACAAAACACACUCUCCCAGGGGGAGAACAUACUUUACCUGAACAGGCUGCAGAGGACUCCAAAUGUUUUUGUAGAGAAACAUUGCUGUUGCUGAACACUAGGUGCUUUACAGUCUCUUUUUACCUACACUUUGGACUCACUCUUUCUUAUCCCCGGCUAUUCCUUUGAUUCACACUAGAAGGCAGUAAACUACCAACAAAAUUAACCCAAGUACUUUCUGCAGUGCCUGCUCGGCAAUUCUGAAUCAGUUUGGUGCAACGCCGCCUUUGUAGACUUAAUAUCAUAAUUCAACAGUUUCAUAAUGAAUAGAAGAAAGAUGCAGAGAUAGUUUUGUAACUGAAAUCCUGAGCUGCCACCUUCCUCUAAUCAGUCCUUGAUAGCGUUUUUAUUUUGGUGGUGGUUGGUGUUGGUGCCAAUCAGUGCUUCCCCAUCGUUUCAUCAAGGAUCACAAUCCUUGCGUGUAUGAUAAUUGUUUAAUGUAAUUGUUAAACUGUGAGAAAGUCUAUAUUUAUUAUGAAAAAUAAAUGAUGAACACUGUUUUCACAUGAACCGACAAAACAAUCUAUCAAACUUUUUUACCUUCUGCCCUACAAAUGGUUAAGCUUUCCUUUAGUUUAUGUCAUGUGAUCACACCUAGGGCAGUUGCUAAUUAUUUUUUUAAAUUAAAUCCUCAAAUGGGAUUUCAGUGGCCAUAGUAUUUCCUUUGGGAAAAAUGCUCCUUCGGAGUCAUCUUUGCUAUUAGAUUUCCAGAGAAGAACUAGAGCACUCAUUUGUUUUGAGAGAAUUUCCUCUUCCUUUAGUGAAGUGGUUUGGUCAGGUUCACACGCAAAAUAUCCCAGCCUGAACACGACUGUUUUCUUGGCUGUGCCAUGAUUUUGACAUAACAGUUAUAAAGAUCCUCAUUUACUGCAUAUCAUUAGCCUAAUAGCAUAAAUCAUAGUUGAACAUUUUUGGAAAACAAGAAAAACACAAUUUUUAGCAAGCACAUUGGAAUUUUUAUUGAUAGUCAAAAGUUACUUGGGGAAUUAUGCUAUUAGGCUGAUGCCUUUUUUGCAAGCCAACAUGAAAUCAUAGGUACGUUUUCCUUCUCUGUAUUCAGAUUAUUUUUAUUGUCUAAUUUGCCUCAAUUAAAUUGCUGAAUUGCAAUCGGUGUAA